AUGAGUCAAAAAGUCAUCGACGUCUUGCAGGUGACGGCCAUAUCUUUGGAGUCGGUGGAUAUGCCGGAUAAGGCGCUGAAAGGUGCUGGGGCCCUCGCCAAACUUUUUUGUUGUCUGCUGCGGGAUAAAAAUUUUAUUGGCUUUGCCGAUGCUACAUCGGAAGCGCGGUCGCUUGUGCGCGUGUUAUCUUGGCUUUCUAACCUUCAGACCCUCAGCCGUUUGCUCAACAAGGAACAGUCUGGCAUGCGUGACGUCAUUGUUCUUCUUCGUGUGCUUGGCGAGGGCAUCUUUAAGUUGGCCGACAAUGUGGCUUUCCUUGGAAGGAAACUCCAAGGGGAUGCGCCGCUUUUUCGAGAGGCCGCACAUACCUCUCGUUUGGGCCUCUUCUGGGGUUACCUGGCCGCCGUCGUGCUCUCUCUCUUUGACCUGCGACAUGAUUUUCCGCCUGGCGGCCGAAGAAAACAGCUCCUCAGCGUCUUUCAAGGCGUGUGCGACCUCCUCACCGCGGCCUCUGGGGCGACCGUCGCCGGGUUUGAGUUGAGUUGCUUUUGGAGUUCUAUGUUAACGCUGAUAAGCUCCCUUCUUGGGUGCGCGGACGGUUUUCGCUCCGCCGCCAUUGCUGCCAAACACCGUGCAAGAAAUAAACCUCUUUGGUGA